GGAUAGAGAAGGCGUUUAGCUGAAUAUAAGGGGACUUUAUCAACUGAUGGACUUUUUAAAUCAACUAUCAACACACUUAAACUCGAGGAAAAUAACCUGAGGAUUAAUUUUCCUGCUGAAUUUUCCUUCAGACGUCGUGAAACGGGGAACGUUUGAGGGGGGAAAAGGGGUUACUUCCUUUGGAUUAACUUUCAAACAAACUUCGGAAGGAAUUUAACGAACAGCUACAUGGAUAUAACCAACCUAAAGUGACAGAAAAGCGCCAGAAAAUGUUGGAGAAAAGAGUCAUUGAGCUUCAUUUGGAGGGGGAAGUCGGAGGCAAAAACGGUGAGUAACUGAGCAGUAAAAUUUUGACAUUUUCGAUGUUUUUUUAAUGCUGGUCAAAACUCGUGAGGACUACAGUUUGUGACCUUAUCAUAGCUCUGUUUUCACCCCUAAAUAUGCCAUAUCUUUGAAAGUUAAUAAACUUUGAUCGUAUGUUGCUGUAAAGUAGCCGCUUUGUCUUGUAUACCAGAUUACAUUGAAAAAACAACUAUUUUUAAACGUCCGGAUUACCGUUAAAAAGAGACAAACAUCCUGUCAGUUAGUGAAACACUUCAAUGCUGUGUCAGCUCGACUACCCCCGAACUACGUUAGACAUUACUGUCUUCUUUUAAUUAUAGUUUUGUGGCUGAUAUUUGGGUAAAAAUGCAUUUUAUUAAAUUUUUUGUAACACUAAGAAAGUAACUGGGGUUCUGUUGGGGAUAAAGCAAAUGAAAUAAUGGCGAUUUAACCGAGAGAAAAAUUAUAUUUCAGUGAAACUAACGGCUGAAAUAAACCUUUUUAGAGUUGAAACUGAAAGGAAAACUCGAUGUAUUUAUGUUGAUAUUUGCUUCAUUUUACAUGUUAUUUCUCAUAUUGAAUAGCUGGGCGCCAAGUCUCCAUGACAAACUCCACCAGUCUAAUAAUACACUACAGAGACACGUGGGAAUAUAUAAUUAACAUUUCCUUCUCUCUUUUGUGAAGAGGGUUUACAAUUAAACUACAUCAUGUCACACUCCAGCUUCAGUACACUUAUUUUAACCCUUUCAUUAAAGAAGCACUAUACCAAAUAGCCUCUCUCUGCACUUUAAUCAUGUCUGAUUCAGCAUUUUGACAGUUUUUUAGAGAUAAUGGAGAUUGUUGCAUAAAAUCAAUUUGAGGAACGGACCGCAGGUUAAAAACAGGGUCAUGAAACUAAUAAAUAAGUCUUUUCAGCAGUCAAAAAUAACAUUUUUUGUCAUCUCUGUCUCCUAAAAGUGUGUUAAAUAUCUCAGAUGUCUGAUGUGUGUUUUUUUCUGUGUUGCAGUGAAGGAGCCAUUCUGCAGUCAGUAUCAGUGUGGACCUCUGCUGGGCAGUGGGGGUUUCGGGUCUGUGUUUUCAGGACAGAGACUCUCAGAUGGACUGCAGGUCAGACUAUAACAUUAAGUCACACUUUUUUAUUUCUGGUUUAUUCUUUAAAUAUGUGAAUAUUUUUAAUUGAUCCUCUUUUAGAUUCUCAUUCUUCUCACUCUCUGUCAUUAUUGCUAACAUCAGAUCCACUUUACUCUUAUAUUAAAGGAAAUAAUGCAUUGCUUUAGUUAAAUGUUUAUCCUACAGGCUUAUACUGAUGUAAAGUAAUGUUUUUAACCUUUUUGUCCUAACAGGUUGCUAUUAAAGAGAUUCACAGUGACAGAGUUCAGCAGUGGGCCAUGCUGGUUAGUAUACUACAGUUUUUUUUAUUAGUACUUAGUCCACACAGUAAUUAAAGCCAUCUAAAAUAUGUUCUGUUUCACCAGACUCACUAAGAAAACCCUCAGUGGUGAAAAAGGAGCAAGAAAGUCAAAAUCAAACACUCUAACACGGUGCUUUUAGUUCUCCUCAGAGAGUAAAAAAGUCAAACUUAGGGGAUACACUAAACAACUGUUUUAUUCUCAUAAUUUCUAAUCUACAGAUAAAUUGUUGAGGUUGUUUGUUAGCCCUGCUGUGAGCUUAAAAACCUUGUCCGUUUUCUGUAAACGAAACCCUAGCUCAGCUCUGCUCCCUAAUGGACCGAAACUCAAACUACAGCUGUAGGCGGGGGAUGGCCCCUGAUUACCACAGAAACCCAUGACGUUACUGUUUGGAAAAUGAUGCUGCAGGACUUUACCUUUGGGGACAAACUCAUCACAGGGAGUCCCCCCAAACCGCAGAAAAACACCUGAACACACCUGAAGACCAAAACUCACCCCAAAAAAACAAAAACCUGCAUGAGUCAGACGGAUGUCACUGAGAAAAGCUUUUAAAGGGAGCGUUUUUGUAGGUCAUAAAAAAAUUUUUUUAAUAUUUUUUUGAAAAGUUGAGACAUCAAGUUGGUAAUCUAUAACAUUAGACUUUUUUAGAAUCUUAACAGAAAAAAUUUAAAGAGGCGAUAUCAUCCUUUUUUUUGUUCCAUGUUGUCAAAGUGUUGAUCAGUUUUUAGGAGGGAUCUUUUAACUGAACUUUAUUAAUUAAUAUUUUCAUGUGCAGAACAUAUUGAUGAACAAUAAAGGUCAUGACAUAAACCCCCCUCACCCUUAGGAGGUAAAUGAGAAGAUAAACAACAAAGGUUAUAUAAGAGUUCACAAUAUAUAUAAAUCUAUACAGUGAUUAAAGAAAUGAAAAUAUAAUUUAAGAAACAUAAAAUUAGGUGAACAGAUAAAGGAGGAGAACUAUGAACAAUAAUGAACUGUAUAAUACUAAGAUUAAAAAAAACAAGAAUAAAAUAGACAAAUAAUAAAAAAUAAAUAAAAAUAAACUGAUGCUAAGAUUUCUGUUAUCUAUAUUGCCAGAUAAUGAGUGACAUAAUUUCUCACCAAAUCCCAAAACUAACAUCUCAUACUUACAGGGAUCAAGCAACAAAAAAAAAGGACCAACAUUUCAACGCAUCUGACAUGUGUAACAAAUAAGGACCAAGUCUCAUUGUAUUUCUUUGUAGAUCUACACACCUGAGGAGUAUCUGAUUUUCUCCAGGUUCAAAAACAUCAUAACCUCACGGAUCCACUGAGUAAAAGUGGGAGGUGUUUUACUUUUCCAAUUAAGCAAAAUAAGGCGUUGCAAGAGCAAUUGCGUUUUUACAGGAAAUAGGGAGCUUUGUACCUUCUCCUACCACUCCAAAAAUUACUGUCAAAGGACGAGGAUUAAUGAUUAUAUUUCUUAUUACUGAAAGAGAGGGAAAAACUCGAGUCCAGAAAUCAGAAGGGAGGGAUUUUUUCAAUAUAACUUUUAUUUAUGAGCGGCAAGUAUACAGUUCCACUUCAGAGAGGUCCAAGUUCUUUCCUUUUUAACUUUGAACAUAAAUGAACCAAAAACACCCUUCCUCCCCCAACCCCCAAAUCUCCCAUCUGGCCAGAUGACAUUUAGAAAAUAGACAAUAAACUUAAAAAACUGACAGUAAAUGAAAUAUAAAUAAUUGUACACACACACACACACACACACACACACAUAUAUAUAUAUAUAUAUAUAUAUAUAUAUAUAUAUAUAUAUAUAUAUAUAUAUAUAUAUACACACACACAUAUAUAUAUAUAUACAUAUAUAUAUAUAUAUAUAUACAUAUAUAUAUGUAUACAUAUACAGAUAAAAUAAAUCAAAACUAAAUAAAUAGAAAUAAAAAAAAUAAGAACCAUUAUUAUGACAGAAAUGUUUAAAAUAAUAUAAUAAUAAUAUAACCAAUAAUUAUGAUAGUAAUGUUAAAAAAUUAGUAGGAAGAAGGGGAAUAUAAAAAAAAAAAUUAUAAAUAAAUUGAAUUCAAAACUAAAAUAAAUUAAAAAUAAAUAGAAAUAAAAUAAUAAUAACGUUUAUUAUGAUAUUAAUGUUAAAAAUUAAGAAAGAAGAAAGAGAAUAUUAAUUUUAAAAAGUCAAAUUAAUUAAUUAAUUUAAAAACUCAAAUAAAUUGAAACUUAAUAAAUAAAAAUAAAAUAAUGACAACAAUAUUUAUGAUAAUAAAGUUAAAAAUUAAAAAUUCUGCUGCUUGUCUUUUAGAUUCCAUGAAGCUUGAGCUAUCAGGGGAAGGAUUUUUUAUGAUAAAUUAAGAACUCCCACGAUUUCAGAUUUCAGAUCCAAACCAUCAAAAUUUGUGAUUUUCAAUAUAGAAAUGCUGAUUUACCCAGUGACAACAGCAGAGGGGUUCUGGAGUGCUGGGUUACAGAAUUCUGGUGCCUCUCUUAAAGAGACGGUACCUAAAAGACAGGCUGAUUUCAUGAGAGUUUUCAAAAGCCUCAGUCUGAGAAUUGGAGCGUUAGUAAAAGUAAAGUCAGGAUUUUUACCAUUUUAAGGAAAAUAAAAAUUAUUUUAGUGUCUGUUUGAAAUCCUAAAACCUUCCUUAAUUAAAAAAAAAAAAAAAAAGUUGUUUUGAAAAUUAAAUUCAACAUCAAAGUUUAGACUAAAUGUUUUUUCUCUCUUUGAGUCUGAUGAUCAUGAUCCUUCUCCCCUUCAGCCCGGCGUAGUCAAUCCCGUUCCCAUGGAAAUCGCGCUGCUGCAGCGGCUGUCCGAGAUCGGGGGUCACGGGGGUGUCAUACGCAUGCUGGACUGGUUCGAGGUGGAGGGGCGGGGCUUCCUGCUGGUGCUGGAGCGACCGCCGCAGUGUCAGGAUCUGUUCGACUUCAUCACAGAGAGAGGAGCGCUACCCGAACGCCUCGCACUCAGGUUCUACUUCCUGUUCUGCUCCCCUUUCUCAGUGUGAACUUUGACCUCCCGUGGUUCUCGGUCCUAAAGCCCUCCGUUUGUCCGACAGGUUCUUCCGGCAGAUCGUGGAGGCGCUGCAGUUUGUCCACGCCCAUGGGGUCGUGCACAGAGACAUCAAAGACGAGAACAUUGUGGUCGAUAUGAGGACGCUCGAGGUCAAAAUGAUUGACUUUGGAUCUGGGGCGCCACUCAAAGAGACACCAUACAGCGAGUUUGAAGGUACAGAGAGAUAAAUGUGACAAACAGAUGAAUGAAUAAACAGACAGAUGAGUGAUGUCUGUGGUCGUCUGUCCUCAGGAACUCGGGUCUACAGUCCCCCUGAGUGGAUCGUGUCCCAGUUGUACGAUGCCGUCCCUCUCACCGUCUGGUCUCUGGGCAUCCUGCUCUUUGACAUGGUCUGUGGCGACAUUCCGUUUGAGCGCGACCAGGAGAUUGUUGGAGCCACACCCAUUUUCACCAGGAGGGUCUCUAAAGGUGAGCCGAAGCCCCGCCCACACCCCUGUCCAUCGACAUACCUGAUUGACAGGUGUGUCAUGAACCCGUUCGUCACGUUAAUCAGGACCUCCUCUUUUCUCCUCAGAGUGCCAGUCUCUUAUUCGCUGGUGUCUGUCGUACCGCCCUGAGGAGCGUCCCUCUCUGGAGGAGAUCCUGUCUCACCCCUGGAUGGAGGGAGGUGAGGAGGAGGAGGGGGAGGACGGGGGAGACCUGCAGGAGGAGGACUGCUCCUCUCUGCCCACUCAGUCCCUCUGACAGUCUGAGACCCUGAACAAACAGAACUCUGGAACUAAAGGUCUGCUUCACUAGAUGGACUCAAGGGGGGGGGUGAAGUCUUCACUGAGGUCCUCAUAAUUUAACUCUUGAAUAUUUAAGAAGGUGGAAACACUGGUUCGUCCCUCGGUCUGCUCUCCUCGAAUGGAAAGUGUUUAUUUGAGCUUUAAUUUUCACUCAGCUGUUCUCUGAUUAUUUAUCGCAGCAGCUCUCAGACCUCUGUGUUUUUGAUGACUUCCUGUUUGGGUAUUUAUUGAGUAUUUAUGUUGUAUAUGAUGUCGGCAGGUUUAUACUUCCUUCUUUUACCCUCCAGCUGCUCUGUCAGAGACCUCCGGGUUCGGCUCUUCAAACAAAAACAGAUAUUUUAAACUUUGGCAUCGUUUCAUCACCAUAUCCUUCAACACAAGAACUCAUUGAUUUGACAAUAUCUGCAAAACACUCACACUGAAAACCUCCGAACACACACUUCUGAAUGCAGGCUCUCUGUGAUCCUCUGCUUUACUAACCCGUGACACAGCUCUGCAUGACUGUUUCUGCUGCUGGAGAGCCACAUGUUUCAGAUACAAUGCCCUCCUUUUCUUAUCUGAAGUUUGAGAAAUGAAACUUUUCUAAAGCCUGAACUUGUACGCUCUGAGAGAGGAGGGUUUAAUCAAAAUGAUUGUUUUUAUGAUCACAAAAAUCGAAGUUCUGAUUCUGUUCGCUUCUUAUCCUUGCGUUACCUGGAGAAGCUCGGGCCAAAGUUUGAGUUAAAAGUGAGAGAUGUAGUUUUAUUUUCUUCAUCCUACCACAAGGAACUCUACAGUGUGGGAGCUCAGGACUAAACUACGCAGACUCUAAAAUGUCCUGUUAUUAAACUAAAGUGUGUUUCUGUUGUUCGCUCAGAGCUGAACCUGCAGACGUCUCUGAGCUCAAACUAGUUUUUCUGUUAGACUCAGAUCAGAGCUUUUCUGUGAGUUUGGGGUGUAACUGGAUCAGAUUGAGGUAAAUCUGGGUUGUGGUGACUCAGGAUGUGACGUCACUGUAAAUACUUGUGUAUUAUUAGUUGGUUUACUACCAAAGUGAUCUGUUGGUCACUUGUUUCUGUUUAUUUACAUUAAAUAAGAAUUUUGGGAUCAAGAGAAAAAAUGAUCCAACGCUUUAAUAAAAAGUUUUUUCACUUCAUUGUUUGGUGUCUUCGUUUCUCUGAGUGGAUCCUCUCAAACUAUCCUGACCGACAGACCUGCAGCGGGCGCUAAACAGGAAUAUCUAGGAGUGAGGUGUUCAGUAAGCAGCCAAUAGGAUUUCUCUAUUUCCAGCCCGAAGAACAAGGAAGUGAUUGUGCACAUAGAUAUAUAGAAAGACUAGAUGGAUGAUGCGACUGUUACCCGCGUCGUCACCGAGCGGCCAUCUUGCCUAGGGGGACUCCUCCCGCGCAUUCAACAGUAGUGAAUGGAAGGUGAGCGACCUACACAAACAAAAAUACACUUAACUCGCUGAAAUCCUGACGGAUUUAAAAACGUUUUGGUUUAUCAAAAACCUUAUUAACGUGGCUAUUAUUCAGGCCGCGUGGACAUGUUGAAAGUGCAGCUUUUCUUUUCGAAAAUCAUUUUGUUUUUUCAUUUUGUUGCAUAGUUGUGUGUCUGUCACACCAAUUUGCAAGGCUGCAAUCUGGGAGUUUCAGUUAUUAUACACGUUUCCGUGAGACCAAUAAGAAAUUGUGACAACCACAUAUUUUGUCUAAAUGACGAUUUGUGUGGAUGUAGUUGUGUUUAUUAGCUAGCAAAGAAUAAGAGGUUGUGAAUGUGACAUAGUGGUCCUCUGGGACUAUUACAAAGUAGCCUCGACAUAGUUCUUUACAGGUGGGAAAGGCAGAAUUACUCCUCUGUUUUAACAUACAUAAUAUGAUUUCCAAGCUGUUUCAUUAGUAAAAUAUAUCCUUAAUUUAGAUCUAUUGUGAUACAGUAAAUGCCUGGCUUUGUGUUUACAGAAAUACCCCCUACAGUCCAAGAUGCAAGACUUUUGUUUAGCACAUGGAUGCUCAAAUGAACGUUAUGUUCAAACAAGAGCCCGUGGAAUCACCUUUCACUCAUAAGAAAUGACUUGAGGGACAUAUUUAGGAUAAUUGUUUCUUAGUUAAAUUUGUACUUGUACAAUACAAGUUAUUUUCACCCUGACGUUUUAAAAAUGUUUCUACCAUUUGUUUACAUAAUAAUCAUUGAAUAUUUCUUUUUUACAUUUUUUUUUAACAUGUUACUGUUAUUGACUUGUGAUUUAAGUUUACAUAAUGGCAUUCAAGCAUAGGCUAUAUGAAUUACCCCAACAAUAUCAUAAUUUAGUUCUAGUUGUGUCUCUGUUUUUCAAAUUAAGGCUGCAACACAUUGCUAAAAUGACUACGCUUAGCGUACAGAAAGACAAUGUGAGACAGAAGCUCACCAAAACAGUCCUUUUCAAGGGGCAGUAACUCAAACUGUCCGUGCACUUGUAUAUACAGUAUGUUGGUUUUGUUGCGACCGUGUGAGUGACUGUUGAUUUGGAGUGAAUGUUGCAUGGUUUAGUGUGACUGUUGGUUUGGAGUGAAUGUUGAAUUGUUUUGU